GGAGAGGGAGAGAAAGAGAAAGACGAGAGCGAGACAACUGUCAUAGUCUUCUUCGUUAUCCCCUUCCCGGCCCACUCACCACUCGCUAUCUAACUCCCAUCUCCCAUCCACCAGAUCAUCUGUUCUCCUCCGCCUCCUCUCUCACUCCUCAGAUCCCUCAUCCCGUCCGGCGAUUUCUCCCCAUGGCCACCGCCGUUCUCGAAUCCGUUGUCGUCCCUCGCCCCUCUUCUUCUCUUCUCAGACCUUCUUCCUCCUGCCUUGGCGGCACCGCUUCUUCCUUUCUAUCUCCAUGCCCUCGAUCCCUCCCUUUCCCCACCGCCAGAGGUCUCAAACUCGCAUACCCGGCUCGCUCCUUCCGAUCCCUCACCCCCACUCCACCUCGCCGCUCCUCCAUCGUCUGCGAGGCCCAGCAGGAAACCGCCACCGAAGUCCCGGCAGUUACAGACGGCGACUGGCAGUCCGUCGUCAUCGAGUCGGAAACCCCGGUCCUCGUGGAAUUCUGGGCGCCAUGGUGUGGCCCCUGCCGGAUGAUCCACCCAAUCAUCGACGAGGUGGCUAAGCAGUACGCCGGGAAGCUGAAAUGCUACAAGCUCAACACCGACGAGAGCCCGUCGGUGGCGACCCAGUACGGCAUCCGGAGCAUCCCGACUGUGAUGAUCUUCAAAGACGGGGAUAAGAAAGAUGCGGUGAUCGGAGCUGUGCCCAAGUCCACCCUGACCACCUCCAUAGAGAAGUUCUUGUAGAGGGUUCUUCGGUAAGUGUUUGGGAGGAGUAAUGGCAGUGAGCCUGCUGCUGGUAGCUGGCUAUUUGUGGGUAAUAGUUCACAAGAACGUGGUUAUCAAUCAGUCUGCAAUAAAGUCUCUUGUUUGCUCGUGUACAGCAUUCUGCGUUCUUCUCUGUGUGCCCAACUGCCCAAUUUACCAUUAUUAGAUGUAGAUGAUAUAUUAACUCCCCACCAUUAUUAGUGUUAUUACCUACUUGAAUCACUCUCUGUUCUUUGGUAGAUUGCUGGUUUGUUAUAAAUUGGGAGGAAGCUUCUCCAUUGCUCUUUUACAGAUCUUGGUGGUGGUGGGUUAGGUUGGUUCAGUAAUGCAUAUAUACUAGACCUCCCAUCUCUGUAGUAAUGCAUAAGGACUUCAUGAAUGGAAGGGGAGUCUUCAUUUCUCAUGAAUUCUAUAAGGAUUUCAUUCCU